UGCUUGAAAAUACAUUUUGCAGGGAAAAAAUAUAGCAGCCAGACAUAAUACCAUGGAAGAAAUUAGAGUUGCAGCGAAAGCCUACUACUUUCACAAUGUGAAAUUCAAGACAAUGUGCGACCAGUUCCGGUUCCGCCUUGAUCGUGAAUACAUGGACAGGGUUGAGGUGACGUAUACCGCAUUCAUGGGUUUAGUGAAGGAGAGAGGAAGAAGAUGUACAUCGAAGGUGCUAUAUUCUGAGUUGGACUAUGGCAACAAGGAGUAUCUAGAUGCUGACGAUGUCCGGGUGCUGCUCUAUCUUAUUGAAACCCGGAUAGACUGCUGCCAAUGCGGAGACCUUUUAAGAACAGUUUACUAUACGUGCCUCGACUGCUUUGACAACGUCAAACCUGCACGCAGGGAAUCGACCUACAAUCUAUGCCAUUCCUGCUUGCAGGAAGCGGCUUAUUCCCACCACCACCGGCCCAACUUCGUAGAUAACUACGCUUUGAUCCAGAAGAGAAGAUUCCGCCGAGCUGACUGGGAAGGAGCAGCAAAGGGCGUGGGAAUGGCAGCAGCAGGGGGGCUCAUUUCUGGAACAGCAAAAGGAGUUCUUCAAGAUGAUCCGCUGGACCCUGAGGCCGAAGAUCAUGAGGGUGCAGAAGUUGAAGCAGGAACAGAUCAACCAGGACCAGGAGACGGCGGACAUGGGGAAGACUUUGGUGAUGCUGGGUAUGAAGCCGCGGAGGGGGUGCAGGAAGCUGGUCAUGAAGCCAUCUCCAAAGUUCUCGACUUCUUUAUGGAUCUUUUCGGAAAUAUGUAAUUCAGGUAAAUAAUUGAGGGAGGGAUGAUGGGUUCAGACGUUAUAAAACCAAGAUUCCUUUAACCAAUCAUAUAUGGGACAAGGAUAAAUUUAAUUUUAUAAGUUCGCUAGAGAAAUUUUAAAAAUAACUAAUAUGAAAAAAAGAUAAAUUCGGUCAUAUAAAUUUACUAGAAAAAUUCUAAAUAACUAAUAAAGGGGUACGGAUAGUCUCACUAGAUAUCGAACCUGCAAUCUCUAGGUCAAAAGGCGAGAUCGUGGGCGUCUGCGAUACAACCAUCUUUCUAGAAUUGAUUUGAUUUUCAGAAACCACAAACCUCCAAGAGAUAUAUAAACGUUCUGUUAAGAUAAUUGGAAAGCUUUCUGCAUUUAUUUCUGGUGAGAAUUUGUCUUAUUUGUGUAUGACCUGUAUCAUUCAAUAAAUUAAUAGGGUAUAUUUAUAGCUGAUGAA